GGGAGAAAAUUCAGGAAUGUACCCAGGAGAGGGGUGGGAAAGGUUCUCAGAUCUUAUCUCCUUCUGGGUAAGUAAACAAUCUGUGAGGUUUGGAGGGGAAAGAAGGAGGAAAACCAAUUUGCCAAGUUUCCUUAUUAGUGCUAGUUUAAGGACUUGUUAAUAUGUUUUGAAUUAAGACCCUGAAAAAGGAUAUUAUACUGAAGAUUUAGAGGAAGAAAAGGGGCUCUUUAUCUUCAAAUAUUAUCUAGGAGCUAUUGGAUAUGUUUCCUAAAGAAUUUCUCAAAAGUAUUGUCAUAACAGAUAGAACUAAUUAAAUGGCAAGUAGGACCUGGCAACUUAUUUUCAAAAGUCCCCACUGUCUUAAAUACAGCUUGAUAUGUAUAUACCUGAAUUUCCAGGAAGAUAGAUUCUAUGCUUCUUAAGGUAGAUAAGCUAAAGUGAAGAAAAGUUUAAGGAACAAAAUGGUAUGGGGAUUGCUGGUUUGUGAAGACAGUUUGAAAAGAAGGUCUGUUUCUCCUUGCAAGAUGGAAGUGAACAAAAAGAUCUGAAUUGAUAGGCCUAAGGUGAUCAAGAUUAAUUGCAAUUUUGUCUAAAUCUCUGAAGAAUCAGCAUUGAAAAAGUGCCUUGGAUUUUGAGUAUGGGCGUGUGAUUGUACUUUUGGAGUUCCACCCCUCAGGUCACCAUGGCAGACUCCAACCACACUGGCACCUCCUUCUUCCUCACAGGCCUGCCAGGCCUUGAGGCUGUGCACACGUGGCUCUCCAUUCCUCUGUGUGCCAUGUAUGUGGCUGCUCUGGCAGGAAACAGCCUGAUCCUGUGGGUGGUGAGGUCAGAGCCCUCCCUGCACCAGCCCAUGUACUACUUCCUGUCCAUGUUGGCUGUGACCGACCUGGGGCUGUCUGCCUCCACCCUGCCCACCAUGCUCUCCAUCUACAUGCUGGGAGUCAGGGAGGUGGCCCUGGAUGUGUGUCUGGCCCAGCUCUUCUUCAUCCACACCUUCUCAAUCAUGGAGUCCUCUGUGCUGCUGGCCAUGGCUUUUGACCGUUUUGUAGCUAUCAGCAAACCCCUGCAGUAUGGUACCAUCCUCACAAGUCCCAGGAUUGCCAGGCUGGGGCUGGUCAUUGUGAUACGCAGCAUCGGUCUCCACAUCCCAGCCCCCAUCAUGCUGAAGCAGCUGCCUUACUGCAGGACUCGCCUGCUGUCCCACUCCUACUGCCUGCACCCAGACGUCAUGAAGCUGGCCUGUGCUGACACCCACAUCAACAGCAUCUACGGUCUCUUUGUGGUGCUGUCCACACUGGGGGUGGACUCUGUGCUCAUUGUCCUGUCCUAUGGGCUCAUCCUCCAGACAGUGCUGUCCAUUGCAUCCAAGGCUGAGCGCCUCAAAGCCCUCAACACUUGUGUCUCCCACAUCUGUGCUGUGCUGCUCUUCUACACACCUAUGAUUGGCCUGUCCAUGAUCCACAGAUUUGGCAGAAGAGCUUCCCCUUCCAGCCAUGUACUGCUCUCUUAUCUGCACUUUCUUACACCUCCAUUGCUCAACCCAGUGGUUUAUACCAUUAAGACCAGGCAGAUCCGACUGAGGAUGCUUCACCUCUUCCGCUCAGAUAGGACCGGCAUCAGAGAUGCUCAGGAUCAUUAAGUCUUUGGUAGAGACAGAAAAAGCAUGUAAGACUCCAUCAUAGUUUUCUAAUGAGCCACUGAACAUAAAGUAAGUCCCAUAAUGACGAGAAGAAGACAGGGAUGAGACACACAACGACUUCCACAGAAAGUUCUCAGUCAUGGGAAGAAAUAACCACAUCAGUGACUUAUUUUUCAUUAAACAAAGUUCAGCCUCUGUUUUAGAAGAAAAGUUCAUAAAAUUUAAGGCUCAAGAGGAGAAUUGCCAUUCUAAAUGGAAAAGGAACUCUAAAGAAUUACUUGCAAACUUUACAAAUGUAUUAAAAAAAAAGGACAUAAAAAAAGCUUUUCAUGGGAGUUUAGGAGAAUUUGGGGCAAAUAGGGUUAUGGGUAUGUUUGGAAUUCAGUGAUAAUAGAAGUAUUUUGGAAAAUCUCCAUUAAAUAUAAUCUUCAUGAGGAAAUGAAUUCUUUAUCUAUUGUUGACAAUUACAUCCUCUUUCUUUAACAUAGCACUUGCUAUUUAUUAGGUGUUUGGCUGUACUUAUGAAUUAAAGGAUAAAUGAGUGCCUGGGUUAUAUUUUUGAGGAAGACUAGCAAGAAAGAAGUAUUCAUAAGGCAAUAAAUGUAAUUAUAGACACGUGAAAAUCAAACACAGGAGUACUUCUUAGUUUCCCUUUUAGGGCAUUUCAGGAUUUUGCUGUUUCCCUCUAUUUUUCAAUAUUAAUUUCAAAGAUGGUCUCAAUA